AUGCGCCGUCCUUCCGUGACGAAGCCAUCGAUCGUAUUCGAGGUGUUGUUCCACACGAAGCGGGGACGGCCGGCCAAGUCCUGCCAGGGUGUCUUGCACCCUGUGUCGCACGAAAAGCCAAGGCGUAGAAGAGCGGCGGCGAAAAGCGAAGUAAGGAACCGAGUCGUCCAAUCGCAGGGUGUCGGCGUAGGCGAUGGCGCCGAGAAACUAGCCUCAAGCCCGUUACAAGGGCAGGCGGCAGGAGACGUCAGCCGGGCGGCUUGCUCAGCGCGAGCACUGGGAACGCUCACUGGGCUUUGGGCGUGCGAGGCCAGUCAGGCGGGUGAACCACAGUGA